AUGGUUUUGGAGGUUAUCGAUCUUUAUGGCUUUGAUUUUCACGAAGGAAUACUUAUUUUGCCUCGUGGAGAUAAACCGCAUCCUCUCGUUGUAUAUCCUCAUGGUGGGCCACAUAGUAUUUCGCUUGCCGCAUGGUCGCGAAUCUCGCAUGCAUUGCUUACAUUGUCAGGUUUUGCGGUGCUUCUUGUCAAUUAUCGAGGUUCAAUAGGAUUUGGUGAUAAUUUUGUGCAUUCGUUACUUGGGAACUGUGGCGACUUUGAUGUCAAAGACGUGCAUAAUUCGGUUCUGAAUAUUUUGCGGAAGGUUGAAAACAUAGAUGAAAAUAAUAUAUUUGUGAUGGGUUCUUCUCAUGGUGGAUUUCUAGCUAGUAAUCUCAUUGGACAAUAUCCGGGAUUUUAUAAAGCGUGUGUUGCAAUAAAUCCAGUGCUCAAUGUGUGCUCAAUGUUCGAUUUGUCUGAUAUAGCCGAUUGGGCUGCCGUUGAAGGUUUAGGUGUGGACGUUGAUUGGUGUAAAAUGCCGACUAUCGAGCAACGACAAAAAAUGCAUGAAUGUUCACCAGUAGCACAUGUUCAUAAGGUUAUAACACCAUACAUGUUAGCUAUUGGUGCGAAAGAUUUGCGUGUGGUUGAUCAUUCUCGUUCGUUUAUACGAAAUUUGCUAGCUCGUGACAUACCAACAAAAGUUCUCAUUUAUCCAAACUCAAAUCAUUGCAUAGAGGAAGUUGAAUGUAAUGCCGAUUUGAUGAUUAAUGCUGUACUUUGGUUUUAUCUGCAUUCGCAUCACACUUAA